GCGUGAUUAUAUAAAUCUUUGCUCAUCACUAAGAUGAAGAAGUUGAAGCUAUCAAUAUGUCAACAAUGGCCAGCUGAUAAUCUGUUUUGACACUGUAAAUUUUCGGUGCAACUACUCCAAUACUGAGUCGGGGCAAGCGAACCAAUAAAUAGAGCGGCUUUUUUCUUUCGUUUUUCGGUGACCCUACUGCCUAAAUAAUUGGCCUCUGUCGAAACAUGACCAUGAUUGGAGCUAUUUAGCGAAGCCCUGUUCAGCUCGUGGAAGCUUUUGCCAACAACCGCUACUUUUACAUCCCUCUUCCUAACGGUAGUCGGAUACGAAACCAAAGGAACUACGAAUUCCUUCACGCCAGCCUACCUAGUCUACACAUAACAAUGAAACAUGGGUGAAAUUGUUAUUCCGCCAUCGUACCUCGUUGCGGUUCGGCAACUUCAGAACAAGUAUGAUGAAGCCAUUGCUGCUGGGCGGAUCCGGCCGGUUCUCUUCCCCCAUAGCUUUGCACCCUUGAUCAUUCUUGUUCUCUCACUCCUUGUGAAAACCCCCCGGAAUGGGCAUUUUACAAUCAUCAAAUACCUGUCGUUUGGCUCUGUGAUUUGUUCAGGAUUAUUGAACAUCAUCCAAUCCCGAAUGUACCUUGGAGGGAAUGGAUGUGUUGUCGGAAUCGCUUCCUUCUGGUAUAUAAUGUUGAGUGCGUCAUUGCUAGUUUUAAACGAUCCUCAAGGACGUUUCAAACGCAUUGAACGAACGACAAUAUUUUCACACAAUAGAGAAAACUGCUCCAGUUGUUCUGAGAAUCACGUUUUAGCGACCAUAUCCAACAGAUCUCUUGAAGAUAAAGAAAUUGGAAACACAAAAUUCCGAUUGUCACGAACUACAAAGAAGGCCCUGCAACCGGGAAUCAAGUGCAACCAUCGCCCUGAUGCAGGCAGCGAGAUGUAUAUUUUGCGGUGGCAAGCGUAUCCAAACACAUUUCCUCAUCGUUUGGUAUGGGUCUGGGACCUUAUUGUCAAUAUGCGGGGCCCUGGCUGGAAUUGGCGUAUUUCUACAAUUCCCCUGUUACCAAAAUCAGUUUCUUCUCACCUCGAUCCGCUUUCACGUGGAGUUAGGAAGCCCGAAAUUAUGAACUUGAGUAAUACCAAAUCCGCCGCCAAGUCCGCACUAUUCCAGAUGACAUGGAGUUAUCUUGGCCUAGACGCUCUAAAAGUCAUCAUGAUGCUCGAUCCCUAUUUCUGGGGCGUUGUUUCUUCCCCACCCCCAUUUCCUCUUGACUCCUUCGGCACGUUCGGAAAUAUUACUACCCAAGCCUAUCGACUUCUCCUCUCAGUGAUGGGCGUUAUAUGUGCAGUAGAAUGUACGGCUUGGGCUAUUUCUCUACUUUCUCUUAGCAUUUCAUUAUGGGUCCCUUUCGCUCGCACAUGGACAUCCAUUCCAAUUGAAGCCCCAUGGUUAUAUCCAAAAAUAUUCGGACCUUGCUUUUCCUCGCUUCUAGAUCACGGGCUCAUCGGCUUCUGGAGCAAGUGGUGGCACCAGGUUUUCCGCUUCAACUUCCUCCAGCCCAGCAAUUGGAUCUACGCGCAUCUUCCACAGCGACUCCAAAAGCCAUUCGUAAGACAAUCUCUCCAGCUUUACAUUGCGUUUGGUCUAAGUGGCCUAUUGCACGCCGCCGGCAGCUACACGCAACUCGCCCCAACAAAACCUUUCCCCAACCUUUUCUUGUUUUUCUUCCUUCAAGCCCCGGCAAUCAUGUUUCAGGACUUCGUUGCCAAGAAUAUCGUUACCCUUCUCCCGUUUAACCCUCCGCGUUGGCUCCGUCGAUCGACAAAUUUCAUCUUCGUUGUGACAUGGGCGUUUCUAAUUGGACCCUUGGGUGCGGAUGAUUUCGCAAAAGGCGGAAUAUGGUUGGUUGAGCCGGUUCCACUCAGCCCCAUUCGUGGUUUGGGGUUUGGUGCGGAGGGUCAAGGCUGGUGGUGCUGGAAAGGGCAGGCCUUUAAGCAAUGGAGAGGCGAGAAGUGGUGGGAUGUUGGGAUACGGAUUAUGUGAAAUCCAAGUUGAAUGUGUCAAUAGACCUACAAGCUCGCUGUGGAUAUACAUUUUCCAGACAUGCGCAACUUAUAUUGGCCAGUUUCAAAUACUCUCAUGAUAUGAAUGGAAAGGGGAGAGGUGGCCCCUUUCCGUGGCGUGACUGAAUUUUCCUCAAUUAAGCUUUCGACCUCUCGAUAGAAAAGGCGGAGGAAUUCUUUUUCGGUAUCCCGAGCAUGCUUUUCAAAUAUUUUUUUGGCUACUUAAGUCUCCUGGGGGAAACUCGCAGAUAGGGUUGAAGAACCAUCCCAAGUAUGCUAUUUUUCUCCAGUUGCCCCUAAUUCCACCCUAUUUCAAGAUUUUUAUAGAUUAGACAAUACAUGACUUAUAAUUAGAUAAAAUGACGUUGUUCGAUCGAGAGAUGCUGUGCGAUUUCCAAGUUUGAUCAAAUACCUGGUGCUGGUUUAUCGAAGUCCGUGGUCCUUUCUGUUGUGGGAACAGCAGGUAUUUGUCCCGUAAGAGUCGUCGCCGAGGAAUUGAAGGAUUGCAUCGUUUCAACACGUAUUCUUUUAGUCUGUGAAGUCAUCAGAUUAUGAGAUGCCGCUGGUGGAAGUGCUUGCUCAUCAGUCAUUUGAAUAUCAUCCAAAGCUCGUUUGUUUAUUGGCCGAAUUCGUCUUCUUCAUUCGCCAGUUCCCAUUCGCUUGAUUGAGAGACUCCUAUUAGGACGGGCAUCCUUGGCCGUAGAAGUGAUUCAACUCCAGGCGUUUCUGGGUAACAUCGAGCAAGAAAUGGGAUAAUGCUCGGGGUAUUGCAACGACUAGACGUUGCUGGGACGGGGUUGAGGACGCUGGCCAUCAUGAUAGAUUUGCUCCUUGUUAUGAUCGCCGUUCGGUCAAUUUCGGUCCGGAGAUACGGUGGUGUGUGUUCCGUCGGAAGGGCUGUGAGGAGGCUUGUAAGAAGAUCCUCAGCCGCACCUUUUAACCCAGGGAAAGAAUGUUCCGCGUCAAUGGUGGCUUUUGGGUUUAGAUUCAGGAAAGAGUCUACAUUGCUUGUCGACGGGUUUGGCUUCGCGGCAGACUUGGCACUAAGGUGCUGAUUAACGCCAACAGCCUUGUUUUCUGAGGAAGGCAGGAGGUCCUGGCACGCGGAUCUGAUGAUUGAUGCCAAGGAUGUUACACCAGGUCUUGUGAUGGACGGCCCAAUGAUAGGCAUGACAGUCUUUAUUAUUUGGUAAACGCCAAUCCGUAUGUUGACAUUGCCGCUUUCAGCUUCAAACGUCCAAAGAGUUUGAUCAAGACAGCUUUGUGCAAUUGAGAUACUCCCUAGACCAAAUCUUUCGACGACAGCGCGCAGCAGAUCUAGGGUCGCAACGUGAAGUUUGGGUAACUCAGCCCAAAGGCACUCCCGUUCCUCCCGGCCAACUUCGAGAUUUAAUUCUGUCC